GGUGCUUGGUCACGGACGAGGAACUACUGCCAGAACUACGAGACGAGCAUCUUGUGUUGACCAGAAAAGCCCUUACGAGCUUAAUCUAUCUCCCUUGCGGUUUAUUACGAUCCUUGAGUGUCUGCUUCUUGAUGUUUAUGCUUCUACAUGUUUGAAAAAUCAGACUUAGUGAAGAGUGUUUUAUAAUUUCGAUCUCAGUGUUCGUAAACUACAAAAAGCAUGGAUUGUUCUUUUUCUAAAGAUUGCACUGUUUCUCAAUAUUAUUCAGAACCUGGAACAUUCAAUAAUGAAUCUUUUGUUCUUCCACCUACACCUCCAGCAUCACACAGUCCAUCUAUUUUAUUUUCCAAUUCACUAGAAUCUUGUUGGAACCAAAGGCAGUCAAAUUACAAUGAUAGUAACCAAGCACGAUGGGACUAUUCUACGAGUAAUAAUGUAUUUAAUAGCUCAGAAAUAAUAUCUAUUGAUAGAUUACCUAGAACUUCAUCGCACUCGUUUCUUGGGACAAAUGUUUCUUAUUUUCAAGGAUCAUUAUCAGUAUCAACAACUGAGCAAAAUUACGAUUACCAAGAGUUUCCAAACGGUACUCAGAUGUUCGAUGACUUGGAGUUAACUGAACGCAUCGAGGAAGACUUGAUGGUCGAGUCUUCAACAUCCGAAUACGAUUCCGGAAAAAAAAAUAAUAAACGGGUUACUGUAAAGGUAAGGAAGGAGAGAACUGCAUUCACAAAGCAACAAGUUCGACAUCUUGAGCUUGAGUUUACGCAUAGUAAUUAUUUAACGAGACUUAGAAGGUACGAAAUUGCUGUUGCUUUAAACUUGACUGAACGUCAGGUAAAAGUUUGGUUUCAAAACAGAAGAAUGAAAUGGAAACGUACCAAAAAUAUUUCUACAACUCUGGAAGCAAAUGUAGGACUUAGAGACGCAUCUGAUGAUUAAUUUUAUUAUUUAGACAAUAUUCAUGAGUUUG